AACAAAAAAAUCACGAGUUGUAAGAACUGCGAUUGUUUACUUUCGAUUUUAGCUGUCAUGGCUGAAAACAGUAUUGUAGAGUAUUUUGCUGAGCAUGAACGUUACCGUUGCGGAUACUGUGGAUCUUCGGAUACAAACUUUUCCCAUGGAAUGUGGGCCCAUGCUCUGACUGUGCAGGAUUAUCAGGAUCUGCUUGAUCGAGGAUGGAGGAGAAGUGGAAAGUAUGUGUACAAGCCGACUAUGGAUCAGACCUGCUGCCCCAUGUACACCAUCAGAUGUGAGGCUCUAAACUUCAAAAUGAGGAAAUCUCAUAAAAAGGUUCUGAAGAAGGUCAACAAAUUCCUUAUCGAUGGAAUCAAGCCUUCCAGUGACAAAGAUGAAGAGCUUGAUUACCAGACUGGUGGUGACUUGGAUAAAGAUGGUGAAAACCAGUCUAAGGGGGGAAAAGUGACACAGUCUGAGUCGUCAGUUUCCGAUGCCUCUAGUAAGCAAGAAAAACAUAUUACAAAGAAAGGUGAUGGAGUAGACCCAAGCCGGCCAUCAUGUCGUAAAGCUAAGGAGCUGAGACGAGAAAAGAAAUUAGCCAAAAUAGCUGCAAAAGCAUCACAGGGUUCAACAGACAAUCAGCAGCAGUCUGUGGGUCCCAGUCAUGCUAGCCACGGGUUAGGGGCAGGGCUGCCACGGGGGGAGAAGAGCCUUGAAGACUGGCUGGCGGAGCCCGAUAAGGCCACCAAGUGUGCACAUAAGCUUGAGAUCAGGUUAAUCCGAUCUGGUUCGAGCCCAUGUAAGGAGUUUAAGUCAAGUUAUGAAGCCUCGUAUAAACUGUACAAGCGCUACCAAAUGGCUGUACAUAAAGAAGGGGAAGAAGAAUGCUCAAAAAAAUCUUACGAUGGUUUUCUUGUUCAGUCUCCUUUAAAGGAGAGUCACCCAGGAGGGACGCUACAGCGAGGUUACGGCUCGUUCCACCAGCAGUACAUCUUGGAUGGUAAGAUCAUAUGUGUUGGUGUCAUAGACAUCCUACCCUCCUUGAUCUCAUCCAAGUACCUCUACUAUGAUCCGGAUUACAGUUUCCUCUCCCUUGGGACAUACUCAGCUCUCAGGGAGAUGGCACUUGUCCGGGAGCUUCAUCAUCAGUCUGCCUACAUGAAGUACUACUACAUGGGCUUCUACAUCCACUCAUGCCCUAAAAUGAAGUACAAGGGUGGAUAUUUCCCCUCAUACCUAUUGUGUCCAGAGACCUACAAUUUCUGCCCAAUAGAAAAGUGUGCCCCACUACUGGACCAGAAAGCAUAUGCAAGAUUUGCAGACGAGUCAAAAAAUGAUGAGGAUGGUGUAGUGGACCUAGAGAAAGUGAUGGUGUUGUGGCAGCGCCAGGUGAUGCCCUACACUAUAUACACAGCGCUCAAGCAGGGCAAGGCUAGCGACGAGGCGGAGGUAAAAGAGUACGCGGGAUUUGUGGGCCGGACAUGUGCAGAACGACUGUUUCUUGUUAGAUCUUAAUGUUACCAUGGUAAUGUAGACUAAUGUAAGAAGUGUGUGUACCAGUAAGUGAUCAUAUUGAAGAAUCUGUGAUACUAGGUUUGAAUUAUGAAUACAUGUACAUGUAAUUGUAUUUAGAUUGGACUUGUGAAGGAUUGUUAUAGUUGAUUUGAACUGAUCUUUAUCACAAUUAUUAAUUAUUUGAUUUUAAUAAUAAGAUAAUGCACUGUUAACUGGUGAACACUUUUUAACAAAUUGAAAAUGUUUUAUUAUACAAUAUCUAGACAUUGAUCUGAUUCUUUAAAUGCAUGUUCAUAUGAUUUAAUGCUGGAUUUAUGGACGAUUUGUUCAUUAUUUUUGGUAGAAGUUUAGUCUUACCAUUGCAAGGUAACAAACAAAAUCAUGUGUAUUUGUCAGGCUCGAUUUCAUCACAUUGAUGGGAUUAAAGUAAUACGAGUUGAUUGUAUAUGGCACAAUUUGUGUGAAUGAUCAAAUCCAUUGUUUUAAAAAAUGCUUUAACUUAUAUAUGUUAUUUACUACCAAUUCUUCUUUUGUUUACAUCCUAGUCUUGUAUCCACUUCAAGAAACUAAAUCAUUAUAUAAAAUAACUUUCCGGUUUAAUUUUUAUGUAUGUCAUUGUUUUAAUAUUGCUCAGGACAUCACACAAUAGUUUCACGCCAGCAGAGUUGAAUAUGGUGUAUGUGCAAACUUCGGAUUACAUAAUAUAAAAAUCUAAUAUACGAAAUCUAAGUUCUGUGUUUAGCAAGAUACUGAAAUUUUAAUAUUGUUUGUAAAAUAUGUCUGAUUCAUUUCCAUAUAUAGCUGAGUGAGAUUAAGAACUCAGGAAAUGCGAUAUUGUUAUUGUAUUAGAAUAGAAGUACAGUCAAAACUGGCUAUGUCGAGGUCGUUGGGACCUCACUAAAUACAUCAACAUAAGGAAGAUUCGAAAUAACUGAAGUUCAAGAAGUGUAUUACUUAACCCAAAAGAAUCGAAUGUUUUUGACAUAACCAAAACAUCAAGAUAACUGAACUCGACUCAGCUAGUUUUGACUGCUUAAAGCUCUCUAAUUCAAAGGCUAUUUAUUUAAAGUGUCCUGUUCAAAAUACUUAAAAUAGCUACAUCACGAUUGAAAUAAUACACUUAUGUUAAAGGGCUCAUGUAAAUUCAAGGUCUUGGCCUGUGGGUGCCAUAACUAUUACUUAUUUUGUGCCUUAGAAAGGUCUCCCUUGGAGAAUGUAGUAAUGUGGAUUAGUGUAUUGGUUAUAGACUGCAAUGCUUUAUAAAAUAAUGUAAUCUGUGUGCCCCAAUGUUGGUGUUCACUCCGCAAUUUGCUUUUUUUUUUAAAUUUACGUGAAUUUUGUUUUAUUAGUAUAUAUCAAUAAAUCAUUAAAGCAUA